AUGAAGGACAUGGCUCAAGGAAACGCGUACAUUCCGGACGAUUUCGAGCUACCGGUUAGCGCUUUCGAUAUUCCACGGUGUUAUGCGGACGAUCUUGCGGCUGUUGUCAUAACUGAAGGCCUAAUCCGUGAUCGAGUCAGACGGUUAGCAAAAGACAUCCAUGAGGCGAUUGGUGAACAUCAGUUGUCGCUUCUUUGUGUACUCAAGGGAUCUUACAAGUUUUUUAACGCACUGGUAGACGAGCUGUCAAAUGCUCGAUGGUCUUGCAAGGAACCAAUGACCGUCGAUUUUAUACGAUGCAAAAGCUACGAAGACGAUGCCACUUCCGGAAAGGUCCAGAUCAUUGGACUCAGUAAUUUGGAAGAACUCCGAGGAAAAAAUGUGUUGAUCGUGGAUGACAUCGUCGACACUGGCCUCACACUAUCGAAACUCAUCCACACCAUAGAAGAAUACGGUAAGCGCUUGGUCGAAACAUGUGCAGAUCGUAUGAAGAUGGACAUGGCUCAAGGAAACGCGUACAUUCCGGACGAUUUCGAGAUCGCUGAGACAUUAGUCGACCACUGCCUCACACUAUCGAAACUCAUCCACACCAUAGAGGAAUACGGCGCGAAGAAGAUAUGGACGGCGUUGUUGCUUUCAAAACGGGUGCCUCGAAGGGUGGACGUCGUCGAGGAUUUUGUCGCCUUCCACAUCCCUAAUAAGUUUAUCGUUGGCUAUGGUCUCGACUACAAUCAGAAAUUCCGUGAUCUUAGUCACAUAUGUGUGAUGAGCGCUACAGGUAUAGAAAAGUAUAAGAAUAGUUGA